CCUAUUCUCUCUAUUCUCUCUCCUUCUUUACAAUUAUUAUUAUUAUUAUAAUUAGUAAAAGUAUUAUACAAAUACACUGCAACAACCCAAAAUCCAUCAAAACCAAUCCCAAUACUAACACCAAUACCAUUACCACUUCUCCUUUCUCUUUUUAUCUAAAUCGCAUCGCUUCUAUAUCAACUUCCUUCUCAUUUCUGUGAGGUUCAUUGAUUUUCUCUGGUGAAAGCAGACAAAGGUAUCAUCGUCGUCUUCUUCUUCUUCUUCUUCUUUCUUAUUCUCCUAUUAUUAUAUUAUAAUUGGAUUGGGCUGGGUCGAUCUAGAUUCUUCAAUUGGGGAUUGGAUUCAUGUUCAUCGGUGUUGGUAUAUAGUAAAUGAAUUAUGAAGUGGGUGGGGAUUUAAAAUCAAAAGGACAUCGUUGAAUCGGAUCGGAGGGAGUUGCAUAAUAUGGAUCCUCGAAGAAAGAUGGAGUAUCAAUAUCAUCAUCAUCAUCAUCAUAAUGGAAGCAUAUCAGAACCUGGGAAAGAGAUUGGGAACGGAAAAGGGAUUGGGAUUGGGAUUGGGAUUGGUAUAGGGAAAGUGGGAAGCGGUAGAAGAAGUUACUUCAGCUUGGAGUCAUUGCUAUUGCUGCUUUGCCUCACCGCUUCAUUGCUCAUUCUUCCGUUGAUACUGCCGCCUCUGCCUCCGCCUCCAUUCAUGCUGCUGCUGCUUCCCAUUGCCAUUCUUGGGGUGCUUAUGAUCUUGGCUUUCAUGCCCACUGCUACUUCUUCUUCUUCUUCCUCCUCUAAUCUUACUUAUAGAUACAUCUAAGUCUAAGUCUAAAUGUAAGUAAAUUCCAUUUAUUUCUCAUCAAGUACAAAUUUUUGUAUCUUUCAGAAUCAGAAUACAAAUGAAACAAACAACAACUUCAUUCUAA